AUGUCGUCCAUGUCGACUCGCUCAGCUUGGCGCACUCUGCACUACAGUGCUAAGCGUCGCGCUUUUCAACCCACAACCCCCUACCGAUGCUUCUCCUGCACCCGCGCAUCUCAAGACCAGAAACACGAUGAACGCAUGACACACUUCGGAUUCACCAAUGUCCCCGAAUCAGAGAAGGAGUCCCGCGUCGGCGCUGUCUUCAGCUCCGUCGCUUCAUCCUACGACAACAUGAACGAUCUCAUGUCCCUAGGAAUCCACCGUCUCUGGAAAGACCACUUCGUCCGCAGUCUCAACCCCGGAUCCCCUCUCUCCACCCGAAUCAACAACCCAACACAAAAGGGCUGGAACAUCCUCGACAUUGCCGGCGGGACCGGUGACAUCGCCUUCCGCAUGUUGGACCACGCAACAAACAUCCACCACGAUAUCGAGACCCGCGUGACGAUCAGCGAUAUCAAUGCAGACAUGUUAGCCGAGGGACGAAAGCGAUCUCUCUCAACACCGUACUACGGAACCUCGCGAUUGGAUUUCGUUGAAGCGAAUGCGGAAUCCAUGCCUCACAUCCCUUCUGAAUCCGUGGACCUCUACACCGUUGUCUUUGGUAUCCGGAAUUUCACCGAUAAGCAGGCAGCGCUGAAUGAAGCGUUCCGUGUUCUUAAGCCCGGUGGUGUCUUUGCUUGUAUGGAGUUUAGUAAGGUCGAUAACCCUGUUUUCGAUGCUAUUUACAAGCGGUGGAACUUCGCUGCUAUCCCACUUAUUGGUCAGCUUGUUGCUGGAGAUCGGGAUAGUUAUCAGUACCUUGUUGAGAGUAUUGAGCGCUUUCCUUCUCAGGAGGAGUUCCGUGGUAUGAUUCAGAAGGCUGGUUUCAUGAUUCCUGGAAAGGGUUAUGAGAAUCUGACUGGAGGAAUUGCUGCUAUUCACAAGGGUAUUAAGCCCGUUCCUAAGGUUUAA